GUAACUAAAUGAAUGAACGAAUAGACUCCGGUUUUUUAUUGACUACCAGUUUUAAAUGUCAAGCCUUUCACGCGCCAGUGCUCUUUUUCAACAGUUAAGCAUUGAGUCAAUAGUCAAAAAUAAUACCAGUGUGGUCAUAAGGCAUCUCAGGCAGGUCAGACAUUUAAUAGCAAGAAGAUUUUAGUACGACUGAAAAAACAAUCCAGGAUGCAGUAUUUUACAUUGACAUUCGCUCUCCUUACGCUUUUUGCCGUAGGAUCUUUUGCUGAAGAUGUCGGUUUGCUCAAGCGUCUCUUCACUGGGCUGGAAAUGGAGCUGGAAAAAAGAAACGAAGCUGAGAAUUGUGUGAAUGCGAUUGAAGAUGGAGGUGACAACUGGACCAAUUCGCAGUGUGCAGAAUUAAUCGGCCUUGGCUAUUGUAUUAAAUUCCUUGUGAGGAAAAACUGCGAAAGAAGUUGUAUGCGAUGUUAUUAUGAAUUAUGUAGGGACACGAGGGCGGAUUGUGAUACAGCGACCUUGAACGAUAUGUGUCAAAUGAGCAGUUUGGUGGUAGAAGGAUGCAGAAAAACAUGCAAGCAAUGUUGAUAAUCUACCAAAGUAACGAAAUGAAUGAACGAAGAGACUCUGGACAAUUGCGCUAUCUACGUAGAGAGUUAUUAUUCUUCGAGUGUAUUUGGACUCGAGUAAUAAAACCUUUAUCCGGAUUAUCAUAUCACUGUCAAAUUCCCAACCCUAGAUCUGUAACAUACACAAGACGAAAAGUAAGGAGUUUUCCCGCUCGAGCAGGUGUAAUGCAAAUAACAAAAUAAGAAUAAAAUAAAAAACAAAAUCAUCGAUUAAACUAUUGAUGGACUUCGUCUUGCCGUAAAUCCAUAGAAAUGAACCAUAGGAAAUGAAAGUUCGGAUUUAUCAAUACACAAUGACCAAUAAAGGUUCGGACAGGCCGAGUGAAAUUCAAAGUAAAAACCAAAUAAGAAAGGUGCCAGCUGCUACUUUAGGGAGUCAUUUAAGGCCGGGGUGUAUGUUCGGAAUUUUGCUGCAUUCCUCACUGAAUUUUCUUAUUUUUGUACAUUUUAUCAAAACAUUCUUCUCCUCAUUCCUCUCUAGGUACAUUAGUACACUCGUUGUGCAAAAGUGAGAGAUGUAGACAU